AUGAAUACGGCACGGGCAAUUGCAAAGAAACAGAGGAAACCGGUCGGCCCCUUUGAGUCAACCCGAGCCUUGAGGGAAUCCUACAUGGGUCCACUCGAAGGUUUGCAUUUUCAAGUGGCCAUUGAAAAGUACGGGCCCAACUUCGAAACAAUGGGCGAAAGUGACGGCGAUUUGGUGGCUCGUGUAUAUCAGCUGUGGGACCAGACAUGCAAAAAGGCCGUAGCCGAGAAGCACUCAAAUAUUCUCUUUUGCACUCAUGGUGGCGUGGUAGGAGCCUUUAUCAGGCACUUGUACAAUGUUAGAGGCUACAAGUUGGCGGACGGGAUUGCACCCGAAGAUCUCCGUGUCCCUUUCAAUACUUCGGUAACUAUAGUAGACCUAGACAAAAUCUCAGGCGAAGGAGUUGUCCGGGUAUUUGGUCUGACAGAACAUUUAAGUGGUGAUUCUGUCGUGGCCUGA